CUGACACCUAUGCAGUCAUCUUUGAUGCAUUCCGCGUCAACUAAUCUGCCACGAUAUUGCAGCUGUUUUGUCCGUUAUUAAGCGAGUAGCAAUUGUUGAUUUCAUGGGGGAAAAUCGUUGUCUUGGUUGUUUUUCUUUCCUUUCCACCUUUUGAUUGAGCUUCAUCCUCUCUUCUGAAAGUGUGGCUUGUGUAUUUAUCUCUUCGGUCCAUCCGCGUGGGUUUACCCUUUCCCUGGGGGAUGCCUACCUACCUGCCAUUACUUCCAUUACCUUCACGGGUCCGCUUGAUGCGUUCAUUCGAGGAGAUUGUCUUCGAAUGUCCUAUUAUGACUUGUCUUUGGGUUUCCUUAUCUUUUCUCUUCUUUUUUUUUUUUUUUUCCACUUCUAUCUUGAGCUGUCCACUUUGUAAGGUAUCCGUUGUUUCCGUGUUUCCUUCUACUUUCUCUAUUACAUCUCCUAGGAGCAAGAUUGUCAUCAUGAAGAUUCUUCUACAACCCUGGUCUGUUUAUUUCCCUUCUACUUGUCGAGUACAUUCGACGGACCCCCUCAUCACAACCAUAAUACGUUGAGCCAAAGCGUCGAGGAUACACGCUCGCAUCUUGUACCUCUAUUUUAUUUUCCAGAAUGGAUAUUGAUUGCUACC